AUUCACAGAGCCGACGAAGAAGAAGAGUCCAACCCGGACGGUCCUGGUACUAGACUGCCCUCGAACGACAGGCCGUACACUCCCUCCACCGUCGACACCAGCCCUAGGAGUCUCCCUCGAGGAUCUACGGCGUUGAGGAUACCAUGGUAGCAGUUCGCGGCCGCAUAUUCGAGGUCUCCUUCGACGAGUACGUCGGGACUGUCAACGGGCUCUUCAACUUCUUGGAGAUCUUGGGAGGCCUAGUGUUGUACUUCAUGAUGGGCAACACGGAGACGAAAUCGCAGAGCUGCCUGGAGGGUACUGCGUACACCUUCUUCUUCAACGGCAUCUUCAUGCUCGUGUCCAGCUUCCUGAGCGCCACCUCUUCCUACUACCUGCCCAGCCUUUUCUACUACGUGCUGUUCAACGGGACGGCCGCAUUCAUGUACAUCUUCACAAGCGUCGGGGUUGUCCGAGAAUCGAACGAAGUCGGCGGGCCUCCAGUCGUUGGUCUAAUGACCGGAGGCAUACACGCCUUUCAUUGCGCCUACUCGACGUACAAGAACUACUACCAGUGAAGCUGGGACCGACGAAAGCAUCGGUGCCUACCCGUCCCGUUGCAGCGGAUGUAUAUCAUCGCAUCCGGCGCUCCCUUUGUUUAGCAGCGGCUGGUAAUAAACUACGUAGCGCCACGCGUACUGAUAGCGCCAGUUAUUAAACAGUGUAAAGUGGCUCGUCCUACUAGGAUCGGUUCUUCGGUGUCUCGUUGUGCAUAUGUAACGUUCCAGAAAGCAUAUCAUUAAAGAUUGUUCUUCUUUUC